AUGAGUGAACAGCAGAAUCUACGCGUCGAGUCUGCGGGCACGGGCGACUGCCCUCCUGCGAAACGACCCUGCACUAUCGAUACACCACCCAUUGCAGGGACACCCGAUGAUGGUAGCGAUUUCUACAACACACCGCUAGGUGCAGAGACCCCGGUGACGAACAGGAGACUUGAGAAGUCUGUGCCUGCGACUGAGCCGUCUAUGACCUCCCAACCAGCCCCCGUGAUCCCUGGAUUGGGCUUCAUCAGCACCCCUAGCGAGCAAUCGGCAACCAACGAGCCCUCUCAGCCUACCGUCGCAGCAACGCAAGAGCAACAUGCCCCAGCUGAUUCGCAAGUGGCAGCGGAAUUGAUCACAUCUGAAAAUGGUGCAGCGACUGUUGAGACAAAUGGCCAGCAGGAAGGCUCUGGAGAUGCUAUGGAAGUCGACCAGACACCAGUACCUGCCACCCAGGGAGAUACAAAUGGAGCGACGACGGAGCAGCAGAACAAUGAGCCGCAGGAGCAGGAAGAAGAACACCCCGAAUGGGAGAUCGACUCAGACCCUUACGAAUCUUCGUCCGACAGUUCAUCAUCCUCGGAUUCCUCCGACAGCGACGACGAUGAGGACUACCCAAUCCUCAGCCCCGAAGAACAAGCCCGGAUUCUGAUGCUUGCCGAGGGUGGCUCAGACGACGAAGGGGGUGACAAGGGUAAAUCGGGAGGAAAGAUUCGCUCGACCAACGAGAUCGAAGAGGACGUCUUGCCGAUCCCAGACGUUCAGAUUACACCCGAAAUGAAAAUUGUGCUGCUGGGUAAGGUUCAGACGGCCAUCGACAAUGCGGUUCUCAUUGAGGCGAGCACCUCUGGAGAAUACCAAGUCCUCGAGUCUGGAUCCUUGCUUUGCUCUGAAGAUCGCAAGGUUCUGGGAGUGGUUUCGGAGACCCUAGGCAGAGUGGAGAACCCUCUGUAUACCGUCAUGUACAAGAGUACUGAAGAUGCCCAGGAACGGGGCAUGGUGAAGGACAUGCUCGUCUACUAUGUCGAGGCGCACUCUACCUUUGUCUUCACUCAACCGCUGAAGGGCCUGAAGGGUAGUGAUGCGUCCAACUUCCACGACGAAGAGGUCGCCGACGAGGAGAUCGAGUUCUCUGAUGAUGAAGCGGAGGCUGAAUACAAGCGGAAGUUGAAGCAAAAACGCCAGGAGAGAAAGGAGGCUAAGGAAGGCGGCCCUGCUCGAGGCAAGAAGGGACAUCCUGGCCCCUCAAAACUGAGCCAGACCGAGCUCAACUACGAUGACGGGGCAGCUGAGGAUGGAUAUACACCCCUCGCCCGCCCCAAGAACCUGCACGAGAUGAUGGGUGCUCGCGAGGCUCCAGUCGAAGGCACUGAGCGCGGAGCACCCGGCCUCCGUGGCGGCCGUGGGCGUGGCCGAGGCACUGAUCGUGGUGGUCGUGGAGGACGUGGCCGAGGCGGCGGUGGUCGAGGAGGAUCCUGGGAUAGAGAUCAGGAUCACCGACCUCAUAACCAGCAAAACGGUAGCCCUUCGCAGUAUGGACAACAGGCUGCACCCCAACAAGCCCAGCCUCCUGCACCAUACGGCCAACCCGCAUACCAGCAACAACAGCCUGCUUUCGGUAUGCCCCAAUCAUUCGCGGGAUACCCGCAGUAUCCCCAGCAGCAGCAACAACCUCAGUUUGGCCAAGGUCAAGCACCCGCGCCAUUCCCUUUCCAGUUCCCCUUCCAGCAACCGUUUGCGCAGCCAAACCCCUUCCAGGCCGUUCCGCCAGGCGCUCAUAUCAACCCUCUUUUCCUGGCUGCACUGCAACAGCAGCAGCAGCAGCAGCAAUACCAACAGCCACAGCAACAAUACCAGCAGCCUCAACAAGCUCCCGGUCAGCAGCCGCAAAACCCCGCGGCCAUGAACUUUGACCAGGUCAAAGCCCAGCUGGAUCUGCUGCGACACUUGAGCAACGGAAACCAGGGACCUCCUUCCUAG